CAACAAAAAGAAAAAAAGGAGAACCAGGCGCGUGGGAGGGUUUGAGCUGUGUGAGAGAGAAAGAAUGUUCAAGAAGGCGGUGGAGGCAAAGUCUCAGCAGCGUCUUUCAGGCGCCGAUCGCAAGAAACUCCGUCGCACCGUCCGCGACAGGUUUCCCCUCAUCACCGAUGCCCUCCUCGACCUGCUUCUUCCUCCCAAGGUCGACAUCACUCUUUUCAAAUUUCAGAAUCGGGUUCAUGUCUUUAGUAUUGAAGGUGGCGUCCCCAUGUUUUUCGAUGUGGAUGGACGAGGAACUGAGUUUUUCCCCACAGUUUUUGCCCUCUGGGAGGCUCCUCAACUGCUACCCUCCUUCACGCUUAAAGGGUGUGAGGUUUCUCGAUAUGUCAUCGGUGGUGCCGAUUUGAUGUUCCCGGGGAUCAUGAUUCCUGCCCAAGGCCUCCCUUCUUUCUCUGCUGGUGAACCAUGGGCUGUCAAAGUUCCUGGCAAUCCCGCUCCCAUUGCUGUGGGAUGUACCACAAUGAGUAGUGUCGAAGCUCUGAAAGCGGGUUUACGUGGGAAGGCUUUACGCAUAACUCACUAUUACCAUGACUUCCUCUGGGAGUCAACUGAGAGACAUUAUGUACCGAAUGCUGGCUUUUUGGAAGAUGUCGUCAUGGGGGACCCAUCUCUCCUGUCGUCUUCUGGUGUUUCUGAUACUGGUACAGAUGUUUUGGAUGCUUCAGCUGCUCCCCAGACCAGCACUGGCAAUGAAGAAGAUGAAUCUAUCGAUGCAAAUAAUGCUAUGUCUUCCUUGGAAACAGCUUCAACAUCAGUUGCUGAUGCUAACAAUGAGACCGGUGAACAGAUGAUUGGGAACAUGGAUCAACUCAAGUUAGCGGAUGACAUUUCUGCCAAUGAACCUAAUACUGAGAAUCUAACUUCUCCUUCUGCUGUCGUAGUAGAUUCCCUUCUAGACAAAUGCCUUUUGCAAGCUUUGUACACAACCAUAAAAGAUAAGGACCUUCCCAUGCCAGGAAGCACUCUAUGGUCAAAUCAUGUAUUACCUUGCAGACCUUCCGGGCUCGUACUUGACAUUAAAAAGUCGUCAUAUAAAAAACUAUCGAAGUGGCUGCAAGCUAAAGCAUCAGCAGGACUGAUUUCUGUGAAAGAAGACAAGCACAAGAAGGAGGUUGUAUUGUUUUCUGUAAACCGUGGUCAUCCAGAUUACAUAUCCUUCAAACCGGAGAAAAGGAAAGUGGAAAAAUCUGAUUCUUCUGGAGACCAUACCAUAGCUGAAGCUUGGUCAGAGAAAGUGCUUGAAGUUGUUGAGAUCUAUAAGCCCAGUACGCAGGUCAAUCCUAUAUUUGAAUCGGUUGGGGCUAAUACAGGGAAACUUUAUACGGCUUCAGAAGCUUCUGACGUUGUCUUCAGAUACAUUGAAAAGGAAGACCUGGUUAAGGCCACAGAUAAGUCGAUGGUGGUUCUGGAUGCGAUAUUGUGUGAUGCAUUGUUCAAAGGAGCUAUUAAAAAAGGAACAGCAUAUCCAACAGAGAUCCAUAAAAAGGAGGUGGGGUCAACGUUUAUAGGGAGAAUGCAACCACAUAAUGUUGUGACACGAGGGGGUGAAUCCAUGGUGCGUAAAGGUGCCGUCAAGCCAAUUCAGAUAUUGUCAGAACGAAGGCAAGGUAACAAGAAGGUGACGAAGGUGUCAGGAGUGGAGACGUUCAUGAUGGAUGCAGAGUCAUUAGCAUCAGAGCUGCAGAAGAAGUUCGCUUGCAGUACGUCGGUGGGAGAGCUUCCAGGCAAGAAGGGGCGUGAGGUUCUGAUUCAAGGGGGCGUGAUCGAUGAUGUCGGCAGGCAUCUGAUGGAACAGUACGGAGUUCCCAAGAGAUACAUCCAAGUACUUGAUAAGACCAGGAAAUGACCGAAUGAGACAUAUAUAUCUCCUUAAUUUCUUUUUGGGGUUUUGUGGAACUCCCAUGGAAAAAUGAAAGGAUUUGGGAAGCGAAACAAAUUUGUUUUUGUUUGUUAAACUGGAAAUCAUCACGAUGUCCGUAAGCAAGCAAAAAUUCGUUGCGAAAUUUCA